AUGGCACCGUCACUUUUCCAGCCUCCGAGCCACCUCUCGCCGGCCGAGGCUCUGCAACUGUCGCAGCAGGCACCAUCUGUCCUCAAGAGCUCCCCGAGCUCCAUCAGCUCCUCGCCGUUCGUAUCUCUCUUCUCAGCGCCCGAGUCCGGCGAACUAUGGGUCAAAUACGAGAACCUACUGCUGUCAUGCCUACGCACUGGCGAUGAGACUUCCGCACAUGCAUGCCUCGAGAGGCUGGCGAAUCGGUUUGGGGACGACAACGAGAAGAUUAUGGGGCUCAAGGGACUUCUCAAGGAGGCCGCUGCCGAGAACCCAUCCCAGCUGGAGAAGGUCCUGCAAGAGUACGACGCGAUUCUGAAGGAGAACGACACGAAUAUUCCGAUUACCAAGCGUCGAAUCGCACUGCUACGCUCUCUUGGCAGGACCGCAGAUGCCGUCACUGCAUGCAUUGCGCUGCUUGACUUCUCGCCAACGGAUGCGGAGGCAUGGUCAGAGCUCUCCGACCUAUACUUUUCGCAGGGCAUGUAUGCGCAGGCGAUCUAUGCCUUGGAGGAGGUGCUUGUGUUGACCCCGAAUGCGUGGAAUAUUCAUGCGCGAUUGGGCGAGUUGGAGUACAUGGCUGCCACAGCCCCCGGUGCGACAGAGAAUGGCACCUUGAGGUAUCUCGUCGAGGCGAUGAAGCGUUUCUCCCGCAGCAUCGAGCUCUGUGACGACUAUCUACGUGGAUACUAUGGACUCAAGCUUGUUACCUCCAGGCUCCUCAAAGAGCCCAGCAAAUCGGCAAGGCAGUUGGAUGCAGACGACUUCGCCGUGCCUGAUACUGCCACCAUUCAGCGGUUGAGCGAGCUGGCCACCAAGAAGCUGUCCGAGAUUGUCCGCCGCAACACAGCGCAAGAGCCCCGGUGGCGCGGCUACGAGCAGUCUGAGGUGUCAGCGGCCCGAGAGCUGCUUGCCAGGGAAACGGCUGACGUCGUGAGGUGA